UGGGAGCCUCGGAGGGCAGGAAUGGGAACUUCGUCGAGGGCUAAAUAGUGAGACAUUUCUAUCUUGUCAAACAGAAACCUACUAUAGAGACCGUGCUAGCUUUUAAGAUUUGAUAGGAUUCAUUUGCGAGUCAAAAUGGUUGAGGAUAAUCGGCUAUUUGAUGAGUUGAAGUUGAGCUAGCCUUCUCGUUAGCUUAGCUCGUAGCCAUCCAAGGGCCCCGUUGCCUCUGAUUUUGCUUCUCGGUUUUGCUCGGGACUGUGUUGUCAGUUUCACAACCCCAGCCACUACCGUCCUCGGAUCGCGAUCAUCUGUGUAGGCCUAUCCAAGUUAUACCUAGGGGUUAACAUGUAGAUAUUUGCCCCGUUCCUCAACAGCUUGUCGUUAUAUUCUGCAGGAUUAAAACCUCACAUGUUAUAAAAAAGGACGGUGACACGCUUUGGGGAAAAAAGGAUUUAGACCCAGAAUUAGUGAGAUGCAGUGGAUAGACGCCUAGGAACUGAUGCGAGUGUACUUGGUGUUUUCCCUGUGAGGACGGAGCUGCCACCAUGAAGAGUGAGGUGCCAUCUGAGGCCUCCAGCAGACAGGAGCAUCUGAAGGAGCCAUUGGUGAACCCAGAGCCCAUGGAGGCAGCUAAGAGCUUCCCCAACAACAUGGAGGUGAUCGGAAAGGCAGGCAGCGAAUUUGGAACCCUGUGUGCUGAGACCAGGCAUCGGACCCUGAGGGAGACAGGGACGCACAGAGACUCAGAGAAAAGCCUCCCCGGGCGCAGAAAAAGAAAAGGCCAACAGGCAGGGCCAUCAGACUGUUCGCUGAAGGAGGGCCACAUUAGUGAGAGUUCACUGGCCCCUCAGCGUCCUAGGGUAGAACUUUUACAGCACCCCAGUGAGGACGACCAUAAUCACGAGUCCUCUUUUAGUGACUGGGCUUCCUCCCCAUCCUCCAGCCUGCGAUUUGGGGACUCGGACACACUUAGCUCAGAGGAAGAGGGGGAAGCUGGAGCAACAGGGGGCCAACAGAAGGCUCCUGCCCUGAUGACAGGAGGAGCCACUGGAGUCGGUCUGCGUCCCGUUCGACCUGUUCUGGGUCGAACUCGGGGUAACCGCUCGCAUAAGUGGGUGCGGUCUGAGGCUGAGCCUGUGCUGCUGAAGCGACCGUGUCUGAGCAGCCGGCGGCCUCUGCAUAGGAAACGAUUUGUGAAAUCAGUUCCUGGAGGGGGUCAGCGGACUCAGAAGCAAAAGGAGCGACUACUACUGCAGAGGAAGAAACGUGAAGUGAUUGCACGUAGGAAAUAUGCUCUACUCCACAGCACCAGUAGUUCCAGCGAAGAGCUUAGCAGUGAGUCGUCCUCCCACUCCUCUUCUGAAGCUGAGGAUGAGCUGUAUGUAGAUGUCAGCAGCACCAGCAGCCAGACCAACAGUGCUACAGUAGCCACAGGUGCACUGGAUGAAGAUGUGGUGGUGAUUGAGGCAACACCGGCUCCAGCUCCAGCUGUCCCUGCCAGUGAGGAGAUCAACGUCACCUCAACAGACAGUGAAGUGGAGAUCGUCACUGUUGGAGAUGGUUUCAGGUCACGCUCAGUGGGGGGUCUUGGCAGGAUCUGGUCUAAUAGUUGCUCCCAGAACCGUCUCCAGGAACCACGCGGACGUCACAGACUCUCCACCGUCAUCCAACCACUGCGUCAGAAUGCUGGGGAGGUGGUAGACCUCACUGUGGAUGAAGAUGAUCUCUCAGUUGUGCCAACAACCUCUGGCAGCAUUCACCCUCAAACAGUCAGGUCGUCCUCAUCAUCAUCUUCCCAUCAUGCCUCUACCUCAGAGCUCAAUGAUGUCCCAGGCCCCUCCACUAGCUGCCCAGGCUCAAUACCUGAAAGUAUGCACGCACCGAGGCCAAGUGGCUCUACUCGUAUAGCCACAGAGGAUGACAGCAGACCAGGUUUGUCAAGUACAGCGGGAGAGAGCGCAGGCACAGCCAUGCCCAGACUCCCAUCCUGCUGUCAGCAGCACUCCCCAUGUGGAGGGCCCUCCCCUGGUCACCUGUCCCUGAGCCACUCCCACUCAAGCUGCUUGCAGGCCUCGUCCUCUCAGCAGACCAGCAGUUCUCAGCACGGCCACAGCCACAGCCACAGCCACAGCAAUGCUCACCACUUCCUCCACCAUGUCCAUCACCCCACGCCACAGCCUCCGGGCACCCUGCCUUUUCAAGAGUCGAGCUGCGCCGUGGAGCGACCCAGUGCUCUGCCUGCGCCCUGUGCUGUAGUAAGCAGCAGCGGCAACAGUAGUAGUAGCAGCAACACAGCCCACUACCACGACCAGCAAACUCUGCCAGUAGACCUGAGCAACAGCGGUGUUCGGAGCAGUGGAAACAGCGGGGCUAGUUUCCAUGGCAGCACCUCAGCUUUUGACCCGUGCUGCCCGGGCUCCACCUCACGACCUCCUGCGUACGUUUCCCAGGCCACCCCUGGGCCCAGUCAGCCAGCUGUAGUGGACUCAUUCAGCUCCUCCAUGGUGGCUCAGCCUCAGCCACAAACACAACCCCAGCAGCCCUGCAGACAUUACAUGCACCCCCCAUACGGCUCCCUAGCACGAUCACUGCAUCAUCAGCCCUCCUCAGCUUGCCCUCAUUCCCACGGGAACCCCCAGCUUACACCUCAGCCCCCUCCACAAGGCGACUAUGUCAUUCCCCACACUGUCCACACCUUUCAUCCACCACUGCCAUCCCAUCCCUCAGGCCACGCCGUGCCCUCUGCCCCUCCUGCUCCCCUGCCUGCCCACCACCUCUCUAGCUCAAGUGCCCCACUGGCCCAGCACCUGCCAACGGACCACCAGACCCUGCCACACCAUAUGCCGGCACUGGGGGCCUCGGUGCAGAGGCUUCAUCAACACGAGAUACUGCAGAGGAUGGAGGUCCAGAGACGCAGGAUGAUGCAGCACCCCACACGAGCACAUGAGCGUCCUCCUCCACACCCCCACAGAAUGCACCCCAACUACGGCCAUGGACACCACAUCCAUGUGCCACAAACUAUGUCUUCCCAUCCUCGCCAGCCUGAGCAGAGAACAGCAUGGGAGCUUGGCAUCGAGGCUGUGGCACCAUUCCCAUCAGGGCACCUGCACUCCCACCUGCCCCACUACCACCCUCCCCCCAGACUGCACCACUUCCCCAUCCCCUUCAUGCACACUGGCAUAUCUGAAGUGACCUACCCGCACAUUCGGUACAUCUCAUCUAGAAUGACUGGCUUUGGAAGAACCUAUGAGGACCUGCUGCAUUUAGAGGAAAGAUUGGGGACUGUGAACCGAGGAGCCUCUCAGGGAACCAUAGAGAGGUGCACUUACCCACACAAGUACAAAAAGAAGGUGUUGGAGAGAGACAUUGACCAACAGUUAACCCCUGAAGCUUGGGCAUCUAUUGGGAAAAAUAUGCACGCAACCCCAGAAUCGAGAAAGCUGCACGGUAAGCAAGACGAAGACGAGGGGGCAGAUGAAGACACAGAAGAAAAAUGCACCAUCUGUCUGUCAAUACUGGAGGAGGGGGAGGACGUCAGGCGCCUACCAUGUAUGCACCUCUUCCAUCAGCUGUGUGUGGAUCAGUGGCUCCUUACCAAUAAGAAGUGCCCCAUCUGCAGAGUGGACAUUGAGGCGCAGUUGUCUGCUGAGAGUUGAUGCUGUUUUUUUUUUCUAACGACCCUUUUGUUGAAAUUUAUUUUGAGAUCAUAUUAAUUUUUUCUCUUCAGUACUGCAGUCAACCAAAGAUGGCAUGAAUUACCUGCACAGCUCUACUACUAGAAAAUUUAAAAAAAAAAAAAAUUUAAAAAAAAGAUUGACAAAAAAGCAUUGAGCCUAGAGUGCCAGCUAUCACAUAUUACUACAACAGCUAGAAUUCUCCAUUAAGGUUUAAGAUUUUAUUGUAUUUAUAAAGCUUUUAUGUAGCUUUUGAUUGUUUCCUCAAGUGUCAUUUUUGUUUUUGUUUUUUCUGCAUGUUUCCUUGCAAUGCAUUUCUUUGCACAUGUAACAUGGGCUCAACACGGCCUAACAAAUUUGCAGGUGAGGAUAACUGCUCUAGUAAAGACGCAUUUCUGUAAACCUAAUGCCUUGCUUUACUAGAAUAGAAUGUCAACCUCCAGUUUAAAAAAAACAUUGCAGGAUUCAUUUUACCAAUCAUUGUAUCGAUUAGUUUUAUGUUUAGAAGAUGUGGAUUGUUAGUGAAAGAUGUUUUUUAAGUAAAUCAAGACAUUCCUAACUAGGGAAAUAUGUUAACAGAUCAGCUGCUGUAUUAGUGCACACCCAGUAUUUCUAGAGUGGAAAUAAACUCCAAUGUUCACCUCACUCCCAAGAAUAUGCACAUGCUUUGCUACGACAACACCUCCCCUCCAGCACCUGCAUUCGACUAAAACACCGUUAUCGCCACCAUCUUAUGUAUUUUAGAGAACAAGAGAAGAAUGUCACGUCCCCCCUUUUUGACUGUUCUUUCGAAACUGAACGAUUGUUAAGAGAUCUGCUGUGAAACUUUUCUUCAUUUUGUUGGGGCCUGUGAUGGUUAACUGAGUUUCUGUAAAGUGAUCUCAGGCCAACACGUGUGUAAGACAUUUCACACGAGCCUGCAACCUGGGAUCACUUGUCAGUUUUAUCCUAGAAGUGGACUUUCCCGUUUUGUGUAUUCAGAGGGAAAUACACAGCUCAACUUGGGAUAAAUACUUACAGUUUGUUCUCACAUAUUAGUCCAUUUUAUCCACUCUCCCUUUUUGUCUCUCUGUAGUUGAAGAAGCAGCGUCCAUUUUUACUGCUGCAGAAAGAGAAAAAAAACACUAAUACUGUUGACUAACUCACUCGCAUAGACUUGCACAAGAGAGAAAAAGGUAGGAGAAUAGUAGUGAAUAUGACAGUGCGCUGAGGCCAUGUAUUUCCACUCUGAUGAAUAUUAAAAAAGAAAAAAAAAGGAUAUUUUGAAUGGAGUGUUGAAAUGCAGUACUUAAAAGCAGGUAUACAUGCAUUCAUUGACUUAAAGGCACCAGGAUCAUAUUCUGUGGGAUUUAUAUUAGUUUUAAAAAAUAAUAUUAAUAAACUUGGAUAACUCUUAAUGGAGUCUUUUCCUUGUCGUCCUCUUUGAAAAUCAUGACAUUGGAGUGAAUGACGGGUUGCUGAAGACAUGGUCAUGUUGUUUUAUGAAAUGUCUGAGAAUCGUGAUAAGAAGCCUUAAAAGUUUACUUAAAUAUAGUUAGAAACAUUCCUAAAACAUUUUUGCGUGUAUUCAAAUAAGUGCUGUAAAUGGUCCAAUCAGAUGAUGCCAAUAUGAAGUGUGAGAGCAGUUUAAAGAGUUAAACAGGAGGAAGAAACUGUUUAAGAAGGGAAAACAUGAUGUAUAUAUUCUCUUAUGCAGUAAUAUCUGUUAGGUUGUGUAUAUUACACAGUUUCAGUUCCUUUUUUCCAUACAUACACAUGUUUUACUUCUUACAGCAAGAUUUAUCAAAUACAGUUGACACAAAGCUGUUCAGAAAAUUCAAAUAUAUAAUAUUCCUCUUAGACAGGUGUUUGAUAGAAACUGUUGAUACUUUUUAAAAUCGUUCGGCUAAGAAUUUUAACAACUAUUAGUAAGUAUGUGUAUAAUAUAUAGUGUAUUGAAGUUGAUAUGUAUCUU